AUGAACUCCACGCUCGCCACUUCCUUCCUCCAUCUCAAAGUACCUUCUUCUUCCUCCUCCCUCUCCUCCUUCAAUUCAACAUCCCAACUCCCCCCUCUUCUCAAUUCCACCAGGAUCGCCCACCCGCAACCUUCUUCCAUUCCCACCAUUACAGCAUGUCUACCAAACCCACACCCACCCUUAAUCAUCCAGCGCCUCAAAACCCUCGCCAAAGCCGCCGUCUUGAUCGCCGCCUCUGCUUCCGCCGCCGCCCAUUUCUCCGUUCUCCACCCGGCCAAAGCCGAACCCCCUGCAGCAGCCGCAGCUACUCUGGCUGAAGAAAUCCCGGCCACCAUCGAAGAGGAAGAGCAACUGGAUCCACAGAAGGAUGAGGACUCUUCUUCCUCGUCUUCUUCCUCGUUCGCCUCUCCUUUGUCCGAGUUUCUCGUGGGCAACACCGAAGCCGUUGAGUCUCUGAAGUCUCUGCUGCAGCAGAAGCUCGAGAGCCGGGAAGACGAGGAGGCUCUCAAGAUCCUGACCCGUCUCGUCGCCGCCCAGCCCGCGGCGGUGGAGUGGAAGUUCUUGAUGGCGAGGUUGUACAACGAGAUGGGUCAGUCCCAGAAUGCCCGCAAGGUGUUCGAGGAAAUUCUAUCUGUGAACCCUCUGUCGUUCGAGGCUCUUUUCGAGAAUGCGCUGCUCAUGGACAAGAGUGGGGAAGGGGAGGCGGUGAUCGCGAGGCUGGAAAAUGCUCUGCAGAUAGCGGAAGAGGAGAACAAGGUGAAGGAAGCUCGAGACGUGAGGCUGAUAAUGGCGCAGAUACAGUUCCUGCAGAAGAACAUAGAGGAGGCGAUGAGGAUAUACCAGGAGCUGUCGAAGGAAGAUCCCAAGGAUUUCCGGCCGUAUUUCUGCAGGGGAAUGAUCUACAGUCUGCUGGAUAAGAACGAGGAGGCGAAGCAGCAGUUCCUAAAGUAUCGAGAGCUCUCGCCGAAGAAGUUUGAGGUGGAUGGAUACCUGAGGACUCCAUUGUCAAGAAUGAAGGUUUUUGGGCCGAGUGAUGAGAACUGA